AUGGCCAGCUAUGAGAUCAGCAAGUCGUCGUCGCCAAUGCCAUCGCCAUCAGCUGCAGCACAAGUUUUCGCUAUCUCAGAAUUCCUCGAGCACAUCCUCACAACACUUGCCUAUCGGCUCUCGGACCAUCUAGUUACUCAUUACCACAUCAAGGAUGACUUGGAGCCAAUGACCACGCUCGCCCGCUGCCAGGCCGUCAGCCGUGGCUUCCAUGCGACAGGCGAGACUGCACUCCAAUGGCUGUUCGAGCACCACCUGCAGAUGAAGUUCUGGACUACCUACCAGGUCUGGGAUUGGUCUCAGCGCACAUGGCGGCUGCCUUUGGCAAAUUACGAACUCGGCGUCAAGACCUCGGAUGUUCCACUAGCCAUGAUCCCGCGGUCAGCGAUGCCAGGUGCAUCAGGUAUUCUCACGCAGGGAGGCUUCUUCGACAAAUUUUCGAAGGUCUAUGGCGAUCCAGUGGCAACCUGGCGUCGUACGAAGUUGCAGAUCCCAAGUCGUUCGAUGGAGUUCAGACACAGCGAGACACAAGGGGCGCCAAAGCUCAAGGGACAUGUGGUCAGCUUUCAGGGCCACCAGACACUCGGCGAGGUGUUUGACAAGUAUUGCGAGAUUCUGAAGGAGAUUGUGGAGGGCCACGUGGCACACAUCGAAGAACAGGGAGGAAUGGUUGAGUCGAAGUGA